GUUUUGUAUUAAAUUUCAUUUAUUAAUUUUGACACGGGUUAAGUCCAUCGCAAACUCUUGCGAUGGACGUACCAGAUGAAGGUGUUUUGGAUGUAGACUUAUUGGGUGACGAUGGUUCAGAGGAUGAAAGUGAAGCACAACCCUCUUCAGACUUUUAUCCUGGGCCGGGAUCAACCCCAACUUCCUGUGCAUCAUCACCUCGUGGAGAAGAACCGGCUUCUCCACAUGCAGUGGUAUCACAACCAUCAUUUUUCCACCAACAACCAUAUACACGACCAUUUUUCACAUCUGGCCGAAGGGGACCUGGUAGACCUCGAAAAGAUGGCCCUAAGUUGACACGAGAGGGCAAAGUUGUUAGAAGAUAUAGAGGUAAUCCUGGUUCUCUUAGGGGUGCUAAGAGACAUAGAGGCAGUAGAGAAGAUACACUAGAUGAUGUUAUGGAUGAGGAUGAUUUCACCAUGCCUGCACCUGAAGAACCACCCUACACCCCAGAAAAAUGGCCAGGCAAAGUAUGCGCCCUUUGCAAUCUCAGCGAACGUAGUCAACUGGGACAAGGAGAGAUGAGGCAAAUCUUAUGUAAUAUUGAAGGGUCCGGCGGCAGCACCCCGGGGGCCGGGUCGGGUGGCGCCACGCCCACCGGGGCGGCGCCACCUGCCGGCCCCGCCCUCACCCCGUCUCCCUCCCCCUCCGCCUUAGUGCCCGGUGUACCGGGCGCGGCCCCGCACCCCGUGUCCGCGCCCUCCCCGCACCACACGCUGGGCUCGCCACCGCCCGACCUGCUGGACCCCAACCAGCAGCAAUUGGCGUUACCCCUCAGCAGGCGACAGAAAGCCUUUAAUAAGUGCAAGACACCACUAUUCAAUACAGAGCACACAGACGAGUUAUCAAUAAUAGGCCAUCAAGAAGUUCUAGAGUUACCAGCAGUAGUGACGUCUGGUGCUUUCUACCUGCAUCGCUGCUGCCUUGACUUCAGUCCACCAUUUCAGGACCAGGUGGCCUUAGCUGGAAAUAUAGUAGAUGAAAAGGAAACAUUGGAGGACACAAGAAUUAAAGGAAUUGUUAAUAAUGCAUUGUCAAGAAAAUGUGCCUUUUGUUCAAGACAUGGUGCUAGUAUUCCUUGUAAAGGGAGUUGCAACAAGUUCUUUCACUUACCGUGUGUAUUGGCUUCAGGAGGUUUCAUGGAUUUUCCAAACAAAUUUUCUUUCUGCAAAGACCAUCUAUAUCAAGUAACACUAAAUUGUGCUACAGACAUGGAGUGUCGCACAUGCCGCACGGUGGGCGACCUCGCUAACCUGAUGACGUGCGUCGUGUGCGGCGCGCAUCACCACGGAACCUGCGUCGGCCUCGCGCAGCUGCCAGGCGUGCGUGCGGGCUGGGCGUGCCGCUCGUGCCGCGCGUGCCAGGUGUGCCGCGCGGACGUCGCCGGCGCGGAGUGGCGCGCGGUCACCUGCGAGCAGUGCGACAAGCUCUACCACGCCACCUGUCUGCGCCCAGUCAUGGCCACCGUGCCCAAGUACGGCUGGAAGUGCAAGUGCUGCCGCGUGUGCUCGGACUGCGGCGCGCGUUCCCCGGGCGCGGGCCCGUCGUCGCGCUGGCACGCGCACUACACGGUGUGCGACUCGUGCUACCAGCAGCGCAACAAGGGCUCCUGCUGCCCGCUGUGUCGCCGCGCCUACCGCGCCGCCGCCUACCGCGACAUGAUCCGCUGCACGCUCUGCAAGAGGUAUGUCCACGGCACAUGUGAUCCUGAUGCGGAACCGCAACAAUAUAAACUGAAGAAGGAACAGAAUCCUAGUUAUGAAUACAGUUGUCCAUCAUGCAAGAGUCACAUGCAAUUAGCCGGUACUAAAAGUGGAUCAUUUGAUGAUGAAAACACAGCAUCAACAUCGCAGGAUUCAUCAUUUGGUGACGAAAAUUCACAGGAACAAGAUCCCCUUGCCAUAGAAUCCAAGCCGGAUGUGGGUCUUGGUAAAGGCAAACCAUACACAGUAUCGUCUAAAAUAGCUAAGAAAAAAAUUGGCGGAUAUAAAUUAAAGGGUGGAUUUCCACCAGCCGGAAAAUUGGGCUUCCAGAAACGUCAACGGUCUGUUUUGGACUUUGGUCGAAAGAGGGGGUCUAAACCUAAGAUGAGGGGUGUUUUUGGUGUACCUGGGUUGGGUCUCCAAAGACCACAGGCUCCUGACAACAAGGCGUCGGAAGAUGAUCCAGGAUUGGAAAAUAAAUUAGUAUUGUGUUCAAGUAAAGACAAGUUCGUGUUGACUCAAGAUUUAUGCGUAAUGUGCGGCGCUGUAGGAACUGACUCAGAAGGUUGUCUCAUAUCGUGCGCACAGUGUGGACAGACUUACCAUCCUUAUUGCGUCAACAUAAAGGUGUCGCAAGUGAUCGUGACGCUGGGCUGGCGGUGCCUGGACUGCACGGUGUGCGAGGGGUGCGGCAACCGCGGCGACGACACGCUGCUGCUGCUGUGCGACGACUGCGACACCACGUGGCACACCUACUGCGCGCGCCCCCCCCUCGCGGACGUGCCGCGCGGCGCCUGGCGCUGCGAGCGCUGCCGCCGCUGCCUCGUGUGCGGCACGCGCAACACCGCCUCCUGGUGCGACAACUACACCGAGUGUGGUCCGUGUGCGUCACUGGUGAUGUGCUGCGUGUGUUCGGAACCGUACUCGGAUGGGGAGUUGAUCAUCCAGUGUGAGCCCUGCAGCCGCUGGCUACACGCUUCCUGUGACUCCAUCCGUACAGAGUCCGACGCCGAGACCUGCUGUCGGGCCGGGUAUAAGUGCGUACUGUGUCGCGGGCGCGAGGUGCCACCACCGCACGUGGCUCGGGCGCUGGAGCCGGCGGCGUCGGUACCGGGGGCGGGGGCGGGGGCGGGGCCGGGCGGGCCCGCGGGCGCGGCCGGGCUCGGCCCGGGGGCGGGGCCCCGCGCGCGAGCCACGCCCCUCUCGCUGGGGCUGGGCGGCGAGUACUACGUGGACGACGUGUGCCUCUCACAGCGCGGCGCGCACCACAUGAAGCAGCUCGAGGCGGACAUGGGCAUCACGCACACGCGCCGCAAACGCCGCUUCAAGAACGACAACCCGGAGAAGGACGCCGUGGUACAGAAUGCAGACGUCGAGAUGGGGGACGACUCGAAGCCGGACAGCACCGCUGAAGUCAAAGAAGAACCUGGUGUGUCAGCCAACGCUAAUUUUAAAGAAGGGUCGCUAUGGAGCGUGGCUAACGAUGGCCCGCCACCUGAAGGCUUCACAGUAUACACCACCGAGUCUGGACUGACAGUACUUCGGCGUAAGAGGCAGAGGAACUUAAACAAGCUCGGUAUCGGCGGGUUUGUUGUGCGACAGAGACAGACAACCGCGAAAGCGCAGGCCGAGGAAGAUAAAGAAGGAGAUGGACAACCCUCUGGAGAAUCGCCGAGUAACAAGCGAAAACCGCGUAGAAAGCCGCGCUCUAAAUUGAUGGAACAGUUUCCCUCAUAUAUGCAGGAAGCAUUCUUCGGCAAGGAAUUACUAGAGCCUACCAAACCUGCUGUUAGCUCCACAGGAAAUCCGUCUGAGAGUCCCGGUGGAUCUGUUCGCCCGGUCACCCCUGAAGGCUACCGAGAGUUGCGCGACUUCAAAAUAGAUCCAGAUAAUUCUGACAUCUCGGAUGGAGAGGAGGUGCUGACAGCGCUGACCACUUACAAUGAUAACGACCAAUCAUAUUUUAUUACACUUAAUUCGGAUGAAAUAGAGUUGCUAAACUCAUUAAAGCCGAAAGAAGAAAGAGACGAGUCGAGUUACAGCGGCGAGGGUGCGGUGAAAGUGAAGACGGAGCUGGAGGAUGGAGGGUUGAAGCACACGGAGGACUCGACGGCGCUGAAGAACGCGAUACUCGGACCCCAGGCCGACGACGGCGCCCCGCCCCCGGCCCCGCCCCCGGCCCCGGCCCCGGCCCCGCCCCCCGCACCGCCCAGCGCAGGCGCGCUCAGCAGCGAGACGGGCGGUUCAUCGCAGUCAACAAUAUCGCCAAAAGACGACUUGUCGCUACUGGCGGUGAGUCUGGACGCGAUGGUGCGCGAAUCUCUACCUGAUAUGGACUCCACGGACGUUGACGAGAUGUUCAAGGGCGUACUGACUGACGAUUCACAGGAAUCACAAGAGUCCUCAGUGUCGUACGUGAACUCAAUAGGCGGUACACCAUAUUCCCAGCAGCGACAGCAGCUGCAGAGUCCUAUGGAAUAUGCUUCGCCUUACCAUACAGAAUAUGGUAGCAGCAGCAACAGUGCGCUGAGCCCGCUGUUCCCGGAGUGCGGCGCCGCGCCGCCCGCCGCGGCCGCCGCGCCCGCCGCCGCGUGGGCCGACCAGCCCGCCGCGCCGCCGCCCUCCUACAACCAGCGCAGCGCAGACAAGAUGCGCGCAGACGAGAGCUUAGGCUCAGCGGCGACCAUAUCAGCCGUACUGUACGCGAACACCAACCACCCAGAGUGGAAAACUGAGUACCCUAAUUGGGUGGACCGUUGCAAGCAGAUCCUUAAGAAGUGGCGUGCUCUGCCUUCCGAACAGAAAACGCCAUAUCUGCAACGUGCGAGAGACAACAGAAGCGCCAUCCGCAUGAAGAAAGCUCAGCAGGAACAAGAGCGAGCAUGCGGACAGCAGCGGAGCGCUCGAGAGGCCGAACAGGAGCGCCAGUGGAAACAUCUACAACAGCAGCGACAGCAGCAGACGCAGCAGCAGCAGCAAAUCAUACACGACCAAAGGAUACAAGCAUUUAUAUUCAACUCGAAAGCAGCGAUGCAGCGGCUGCGGGCGCCGGACGGCAGCUCGCCGCCGGGCGGGGCCGCGCCGGGGGCGGCGGGGGCGGCGGGGGCGGUGGGGGCGGCGGGGGCGGCGGUGGCCGCUGCAGCCGCUGAAGCGCCUCGCAGCGCAUUCCCCGCCCAGCGGUUCCCGAUGCAUUACGCCAACGCCAACGAGGACAUCAAUCGGCAGCUGCGCGAUUUGCUACAAAGACACCCGGAUAAAAUGUGGUCACCGCAAUCUGCGUCCGAUGAUGGUGGUGUUCAAGGUGUGAGCUUAGAAGGUCAGCAGUUCCGCCACCCGCUUCCGGUUGGCUUGCGGCCACGAACACCCCUUCAGCCCGGCCAGAGGCCUGACCAUCAGCUGAUUAUGCAACAACGACUCAUUGCAACUGAGAAUAGUCAAAUGCAACAGACCAUAGUGAAUACAACUCAACAAAUCGUAGAGCAAAAGACAAAUAUCGGACCCCAAGGAAAUGCUCAUGGAAGUGACCACAAGCAGGAUACUGGUCAAGAGCACGGAACUGAUGAGAUGGAUAUGGGAGAUAUGGAGAAACUCGAACAGGAUACAGGGAAUAUUGGCGAGGUUGAUAACAUCUUGACCGGUCUUGGCGGCGAGGAUGAUGAAGAACUGCUGGAGUCAUUGACAGCGGAGAUCGGCGAGCAGUUUAAUAUCCUGGAGUACGCGGAUCCAGAACUGGCCGCGCUUAAUGAUGCCGAGCAUCUGCUCGAUGGACUGGAGCUCGCUGAAGACAACAUGCCCGAGCGACACGCCAAGCGGGAACCAGAGGACGAGGCUGAACACAAACCUGAUAUUAAAAUGAAUACUGAUUUACAUAAAUCUGUAAAGAAUAUUGAGAUAACAAAGACGGAGAUGAAAGCAGAGUUACAAGAGGUGAAGGCUGAAGGUCAGGAUCUAAAGCCAGAUGGUACACCAAUGGGUGCAGUCGGCCAGAUUUUCUGCAGAACAGAUUCUGAUGGAGUGCAGAGGGUCAUUACACAAAAUCAGCAAAUGACGUUACAGACGGCGAUACAAUCGAUAAAGGCGGAAGUGAAGUUAGAGGGCGAGGAUAAAGGCGAAGCAUGGCGCGGUUCACCCGCGCGUCUUCCUGUGUUUGCGUCCGCCCCCUCGCGCAUGUCCCUGCCUUUGCCGCAGGGUUUGGGCCAGCGGCCAAUACAGUUUGGACAGGCAGGCCAGCAGGUGAUGACUCAACAAGUGGUGCAGCGACCGCAAGUGCAAUUCACAUCACAACAUAUGCACUUUGGACAGGGCGCGGCGGCCAACCCGGCGAACGCCGUGAGCGCGGUGAACGCAGUGAACACGCAGAGCAUCGUGAACGCGAUGACGGCGCAGGUGAACGCCGCGCUGGCGGCCGGCCGCGCCAUCGCGCCCGGCACCAGGCUCGUCGGCGCGGACGGCGCCGUCGGCGUCGUGAGGCACGACCGCUCCGUCACGCUCGCGUCGCUGCCGCACUCGGCGGGCGUGGGCGCGAGCCGCGCGCCGCCGCCGCCGCCGUACCCGGGCACGCUGCGGGCCGCCGGGCCCCCGCACGCCGCGCCCCCGCCGCCCCCCUACCCGCAGGCGUUUGACGCGGCGGACGCGUGGGGCGACUGGCUACACCGCCGCCCGCUGCUGCUGCAGCUCCUAGCAAAUCCUUCGUUGUCGCAACUCAAAAAACGAAUCAGUGCGCCCUUUUGGACGAUCAUCAUAUUCGCAGUAGAAUACGAAUCGCCAGGUCAAGGGUGGCGCGCGACGUCGCCUAGGCGGCGACGUGAAAAAGCUAAAUUUAACCAUCAGAACGUAAAUCAGGAGCAACCGUUGCUUCUGGAGGAGCUCCUGGAGCAGGAGAAGCGCGAACAGGAGCGCGAAGGCGGCGAGUGGGUGGGCGCGGGGGCGGCGGGCGCGGGCGGGGGGGCGGGCGGGCCCGGGCCCGGCGCCGCGCCGCCGCCCGCCGCGCCGCCCGCCGUGCCGCUGUACGCCGCCGCGCCGCCGCCGCAGCCGCCCGCGCCGCCCGACCGCGCGCUCACCGACGCCGACCACCACGCGCGCCUCGCCUACGAGCACUGGCUCAAGCAGUUCAACGCCUACGCCGCCGGCCAGCAGGCCUACUACGAGGCCGAGGUGCAGAAGCUCCGCAAGAUGCGCAAGUCGCUGAACAGCAAGCAGCGUCAGCUGCGGAAGUCCGGCAACGAGCUCCUGCCUGCCGACGCGGCCGAGCUGCAGCGAGUGUCGUCGGAGCAGCAGGCGCUUCAGAAGCAUCUGGACGCCGCACGGAAACAGGCUCGCCAGCAUGGCACGCUUAUGCAGGAAUACGAGACAAAGCAGCGACAACAAAAUCCUCAAAUGGCUCAACAGACUGUAAUAAAUCAAUCGCAACAGAUCGCCACGAAUCAAACUUUGUUCUCGCCUAAUCAGGGCAUCACGCAAGCGACUCAAAUGCAGCAACAGACUAUUAACCGGCCCAUGCAGCUGGGGCUCCAGGGUGCCACGAUUCAGCAACAGCAGACCCUGAUACGUACACAACAGACGGUACUGAGCGCGGACGGUCAACCGAUGACUCAGCAGAGGAUCGGGCUAGUGACGUCGCCGCUGAAUGCUCAGGGGCGAAUACUUCAGGGGCGCACUCUGGUGAUCGAGCAGGGCGGCGCGGCGCCGCAGCAGCUGGUGCGGCAGGUGGGCGUGGAGCGCGCGGGCGGCGGGCUGGUGCAGUUCGGCGCGCAGCUGACGGCGCGCGCCGCCGGCCCGCCCGCGCCCCGCGCGCCCCCCGCGCGGCCCGCCAUGUCGCCGCUGCACGUGCAGUCGCCGCACGCGCACUCACCCUUGCACCCACUCGCGCCGCAGUCCCCACUCCAUCACCUCACCUCUCCCAUGCAGUCGCCGCUGCACUCCCAGCAGUCUCCCCUUCAUCACACCUCCCAAUCUCCCUUGCAUCCCUCCACGCAGUCCCCGCUCCAUACGCAGCAGUCCCCGUUGCACUCGCAGCACUCGCCGAUGCACGUGCAGCAGACUAACUUACCGCAGCAGUCGCCGAUGCAUCCCCAACAGUCGCCGAUGCAUCCCCAGCAGUCGCCGAUGCAUCCGCAGCAAUCGCCGAUGCAUCCGCAGCAGUCGCCGUUGCACCCGCAACAGAGUCCGAUGCAUCAGCAGUCGCCCCUUCACCAGCAACAGAAUCAGAUUCAGACGCAACAUUCCCCGAUGCAUCCGCAGCAGAGCCCGAUGCAUUCGCAACACUCGCCACUACAUUUACAACAGUCGCCUAUGCACACGCAACAGUCGCCGAUACAGACGUCUAUGUCGCCGCAACAUUUCCUGCAGCAGUUGCAAGCUCAAAGAACUAGUCCUCAGUUACCUACACCUAGUCGUAGUCCUCAGAUUUAUCAACAGUCACAAAUUCAAAGCCCUAUAUCGUCGCAAUCGCCGCAACUACAAAACGCUGAUUAUACAACGGGGAGAUUCUCGAGGCCGGCGCCGGGUUGUUCUCCUUUACCGACAAGAUUUGCUAGACAACAACAACAUCAUCAACAAGGUAUGAGAGUGGGCGUACCGUUUGGUAGUAGGCAACAGACGUCACCUUUGGGCAGCCCUCAACCUCUGCCCUCACCAGGAAAUCCGGCGAAUGAGAUGGCCCGUCAACAGAUGUUGCAACGUCAACAAUACAGUCCUAUGGGCGGCGCGCCCUCAUCGCCGUCGCUGAGUCGGUCGCCGCACGUGGCGCGCACGCCCACCCCGUCCGCGUCGCCCGCCGCCUCCCCCGCGCCCUCGCUGGACGGCGGCGGCGGACACCUGGGACACCACGUGGCGCCCAUCCCGCCCGGCUACCGCUACUGCAAGCCGGGGCUGCACGGAGGCGCGCCCGUGUGGCCGCCGCGCGACGACGAGCGCCGCCGCCCGCACAUCAACAAGGUCUCCAUCCUCAAGCGCCGCACGCCGCCCCGCUCGCGCUUCACCGGCAAAACGCCCGCGCCCACGGACGACCGCUCCGACGACCUCGCCGACGCCGACCGACGCAAGUACGUCCUCUACGCCUCCGAAGACUAUUCCGCGCAGGCCGACGCCGCGCGCGGCUCCUCCGACCACGACGACGACGACGACGACGAGGUAGAGGAGUUCGUCGAGCACCUCGACGACGACGAUAUCGUUCUCGUAGAGCCCGGCACGAUCUCGCCCGAGGAGCGCAUCGCGACCGAGGAAGACUUCGAGGAGCUGAUCGACAGCGGCAAACCUGAGGACGAGGAGGAGGAGGGCCCGCCGCCUACUUCGACUCGCACGGAGACCGCGACUAAAACGGUGGCCGUGAUCAGUCUGUCGACGGGCAAGCAGCAAUAUAAAAUAGUAAACCCGUCGUCUAGCUCAACUUUACCGCGAUUGCCGGUUCUCAGUGCUACAGUACUGUCACCACAUUCCAAUGCUAAGAUACUAAAUGAAGUGUCUCAGGCUACCGUCGCUUCUGUUUCGAUAGCGAAUCAGACAAUAUCUGUACCAGUUCUAAAGAACCUUUCCGUUCCCCUAGCAAAUGUAAAUGCGAGUGGUGUCGCGAAGACUCAUAUCAAGAAAGUUCCUCUCAAUUUGGGUAACUCUCCUCUAGCCAUUAACAUGUCAUCGACGCCAUCGCUUUCAAAAGCGACCAGCUCGGUAAUAAGUGUAAUAUCAUCUAAUGUGCCCAAAGUAGCUAAUAUUAACCCUGUAAUUACUCUGGCUACAUCAAAUACAGUUGCGAGCACAUCUCGAGUACCCGUUUCUAUAUUGACGCAACAUCAGGUAAAACAGAAAAUAGUUAAAACGAUAGAGAAACCAAUGGGACUCUCGUCUCUGUCUAAUACGAAGCUUUCUAGUCUGUCUGUCACACACGACGCUACUCUUCCAGCGAAAAUAUUCCAAGAUGAAGCCGCAUCGCCUGAUAGUACAGUCACAUCUGAAAGUAAUUCGGACAAGGACCUAUCAAAUCCAAUAACUCUACCUACUCAUCAUCUUGCGGCCAUUACACCUCAGAGCAUAUCUCAUGAUCAAAGGCCCUCACCCAUAAUCAAGGAAACAAAUAAAGAUAUAGACAUAGAAACCGAAAUAAGCCAGCAAACUGAGUUACCACAUACAUUAUGUAUAACUGAUCGUACACCAUUGUUACUAGGUAAGGCAGAUAUUAAAAGUCCAGAUCCAGUACCAGAAAAAAUUCCAGAUAAUAUUAUGGAGGGUGAUGAUGAGGAUAAACCGGAGGACAAUAUUCCAAAUAACUUGUUAUUGUCUUACAAUAAGUCGAUAUCAGAACCUGCAAGUCAACAGAAUACACAGCCUAUAGAAAAUAAAUCAGAAGAGGGUGUGGUGAAAACUAUUAAAGCAAUUGCUAAUCAAACUAAGGAGAUGGUGAUAGACUCAAAUAUGCAAAUAACAUCGGACAUGGCGCAGGAGUCCGUUCAAAUAUCCAUACCAUCGCCGACGCCAUCACAAGAAAGAUAUUUGAAUGACAUUACAAUGCAAGAACAUCAAGAGACUGUAGAAGGUAAUUCUAAGCAUGUUGAAACAUUUGAAGAUAUGCUUUGUAUGUUGGAAAAUAUAACUGAUGAACCUAAAACAUACGGGGUUAAGCAGCCGAAUCCAAAAGUUACAAAUGCCAAUGUUCAGAAUACAAAUACAAAUGCACCUGCAAAACUGGAUAUCAAAGAAAGCCAGGAUCAGUUGACUUUCCCAAAAAGGGAACCUGACAGACUUAGUUUACAGUCGGCAACUGUGCCCCAACUAUCCCCUUUGUCUCAACCAUCUGAAUUGACUUCUAAUAUGGCAAAUGUAUCGCAACAGUUGCGCACUAUCAUGUCUUCGAUAAACACUAACGCGUCAAAAGUGGAUAAUCAAGUUGGAUCCCCAGUAAUAAGAAAGAACAGUGAUGCAACUACACCAACUCAAGUUAAUUUUGAAAAUUUGCUACCUUCAUCAAAAGUAGAAGUGGCAGCGUCAAGGCCCUCGCCUGUGCAAAGAAUCGAAAAGCCUAUUACAUCUUUAAGUAGUUCGGAUAACAAUAUUCCUUUGAGUGUUGCCCAAAUGAUUGGCUCUCGUAUUAAUACAUUGUCAAGUUUAGGUCAAAUGAGAAAAUCCCCUACAGUCUCUCCCAUUAACUCCCCAGUGAGUAUUCAAAAUCCUCUAAUGAAAUCACCUGCUCAGUCUCCUUUGAUAGGAAAUCAAACUUUUGUUUCUAGCGAAGAUUCCAAUCCAACUUCUGUUGCAUCACAGAUGAUACAAAUGCCAGCAUUAUCAAAAAUCCAUAGCAGCACUCCUCCGACUAUAAUACAUCAGAAUAUAACAAGUAUUACGACAAGUGUGAGUAGUUUCCCUAAAAAUCAAGCGUUGCCAACCAGUAUAUUGGGCCAUACAUUAUUGCAACCGACGAGACAAAUUAGUACAAGCAAUAUAUCUUUUAAUCAACAAAGCAUUAGCUCCAGCCAACCACCGGCUCUUGUAAUGACAUCUCGACCUUUGAUAGGCAACAAAGAACCUGCACCUAAUGUCACAGUUAGAACUCAUAGUAUAGUAAGUCCAGGAAUUAAUUCUAUGCAAGCGAAACCUCCUGGUACUAUUAAUUUUAUGCCGACAUCUAAAUUACAUACACAACUGACAUCGCCAUUGAAAAGAUCCAAGUCGACGGAUGAACCUAAGACUGAUCUCAUUGUGGGUCAUAUACAACCUACAAAGAGACACAGCGUAGAAUCUGUUGUGGUUAAAUCGGAACCAAUGGAGACCGACGACCCUAGUACUUCUACUGUGGCUACAGAUGUUACAGGAAACAAAAUCAUUCAGCAGAGUGCUGCAAGUCAAAGAAAUGAGGAAUCUCAGAACGUUUUAUUAAAGCAACUAUUACAGACUACUACAACAGCGGCUACAGUGGUCCCGCAACGUACAAUGACUAUUCAGCGAACUGCCCCAGCAUUGGGCACAAUACCGUCAUUAGAAGCACAGUUGGCGAGACCUUCCAUACCCCCGCCUACAUUGGCGCUCACACAAGAAGUUGAAUUACCUAAGAACUCACCUCGCCAUAUAACAACGGUUAAUUCGCCAUUCACUCCUCGACCAAUACAAACAUCCAUACCAACUUCUUCUAUAUCACCUUUGAUCCAAACAUCUACACAAUCAUUAAUGGAUAUACGUAAACCUCCUAUGAAAAUAAUGACUAAAGAAGAAACUACGCCAUUACCUGAAAGUUCACCAACUAUGAAAUCAAUGCAAAUGUAUCCCAUGAGUAUAGAAAAUCAACAGCUUCAACAGGCCAUCAAAAAAGAAAUAGCACCACCGUUACAGAGCCCUGUGCAUAGACCUUUCACGCCUAUGGAUGUCAAAAAAGAACUAAUCGAUGAGAGUUCUCAACAGUCCGCUACAUCAGGAGUUUCUACUGCCUCUGACCAAGGGAAAAUGGAUCAACCGCUGAAGGAAGAAUUUCCAGAGAGUGUUACUAUGGAUUCUACUUUGGAAGCCAAUGCCCCUGAAACACCAUCUGAAGCUAAGAAACGGAAAAGGCGAGAAUAUCAACAAAAGAAAAGAAAACAAAUGCAAAUGAAUAUGAAAGCUGCAGCGGAGAAUAAUUUAAACUCAGCUAACGCUAAAAAGAAGCCACGGAAGGGUUCACGUUACGAAGAAGAUUACGAUACGUUUAUUGAUAGUUUAAUGACGCAAUUACGUCUGUUGCCGCCGAUGCAAAUUCAAGAACCAUCCCUAACAACAAAUUUCGCAGUUUGUCCCCUGUUUGGUUCAGGCGACUUGACUAAAUUGAAAAGUAAAGACUACGAUAUUUUAAAAGGAGAUUUAACUGGAGAUUUUGGCAAUGCAAAGAUUCCAAAUGUAGCAGAUUACUACAACACAAAACCAUUUGGAGAUGAGGAACCAUUACCAGAGAAACCAGCGACAUCAACUCAAAGAGGUUUUUAUGAUCAAGAGUUUCAGCCUAUUAUGUUUGAUGAUGACCCCGAAGAUAAAAAGUUGGACUUUAUUUGCAAAGAACGUGAUACCGAUACCCCAGAUACUAUAGUUAGUUGCUCCAGUCCCGAAUGUAUGGAUAUCGAACCGGCGAAUCGGUUUCCUGGUCUCAGGCUUAUUGAUGAUGAUGAGGAAGAUGAAGACAGUGAUUCUGCUUCAGGUCGAAUAUCACCCAUUAUUCCUAUAAUUGCGCCUGUACCGAUCAGAGUAAAACCAGUUUCUUUAUAUCACUUAAAAGAUGAAGAUGAAGUCCAGAAACCUUUGAAGACUCUCGACAGCGAUUCUGUAGUCAAAACAAAGAUGAUUGACUCUCCGGGCAGCACAGAGAGUAAUGAAAAUGUUACUGUUACAUUAACACUAACUUCUGGCGCAGCGGAAGAUAUACUCGGCGUACUCAAAGAACUUGCUGGUAUUUUGCAUAUACCACCGCCCACAUCAUACCAGAUUAUUGAAAGAACUGCAACACCACCCUCACAUAAGUUAGGACUUUACAGAUCUAAAGGUAAAGAUGGUAAAGAGGGUACACCUAUUGACAUACAGAGUAUACUAAAUGGAGCUGCUAAAUUCUGCAGGCAUUGUGAUGUAGUUAUAUUAGACUCAGUGGUAAGAGCUAAGGCUUCCGAAUUUCCCCUGCUAUCUGCCAACAAGGGUAAUGCUGGAGAAAUUUUAUGUGAUAGUGACUCGGAAUUGUUCUUCUGUAGCCCUCAGUGCUACGAGAGGUUUGCUUGGAGACCAACUAAUAUUAUUCUUGACGGAAAAUCAAAGGCCGCUGUCAAAGAAGAUAAUAAAUCUGACGUCGAAACUAAUUUAUCAAAAGACCGAGAUGAUUUCGAUACUGCCUCAACCGAGAGCAUGGAAACGGAUGAUCUCGAUAUUAAACCUGAUAUAAAAGACGAAAAAAUGGACUUGUCUUUUAUAGAUUCAUUGGACAACGAUGAAUUAAUGAAGGAAGUUGGUGAUGACGUAUCCGUUUUAGACGAAGACUUGAAGAGUGUAGAACAGGACGAUAAAAGCAAUCAGGGCGUCGAAAGAGAAAAAUAUAGAGGAGUGAGAUAUAAGGCCUGGUCUCCAGGCUGCAUCGGUCCGCCAGCUAAAUACAAACGGCCCACAGACAGAGAGCUCACCGAAUUGGUAUUCCGAACAGGUGUGGCUAUAAUGCCUGUAACUAACGAGGAUUCCCGACGCUGUGAAUUAUGUGGUAUUCAAGGCGACGGCGUAGCCGAUGGUGUCUCAAGACUAUUGAAUUGUGAUGUAGACAGAUGGGUUCAUCUUAAUUGUGCACUAUGGUCGGACGGCGUUUAUGAAACUGUUAGCGGUGCAUUGAUGAACGUUGAAACCGCUCUCGCAAACGGGUCCAGCGCGACGUGUGUCGUUUGCAAGAGACUGGGGGCGACAGUCCGUUGCUUCAAGGUGCGAUGCAGCAGUGUUUACCAUCUCGGAUGUGCGGUGAAGGAUAGCUGCGUUUUCUACAAGAACAAAACAUCUUAUUGCGCGUCGCAUGCUCCCAAGAAUGAGAAAGAUAACGAGUUAACGACUCUAAGCGUACAACGGCGCGUGUAUGUAUCGCGCGACGAGCAGCGUCAGGUGGCAUCUGUGAUGCUGCACUCGGACACCAACCAUCUCAUCCGCGUGGGAGGCCUCAUCUUCCUCAGCCCGGGACAUCUGUUGCCGCACCAGUUGGCUGCAUUCCACACGCCUAAUUAUAUAUAUCCUAUUGGGUACAAAAUUGUGCGGUUCUACUGGUCGCGGGCGCGCGCCAACAGCCGCUGCCGGUACGUGUGCUGGAUCUCGGAGGAGGCGGGUAGACCGCGCUUCCACGUGCGCGCGCAGGACGAGCCCGGCGACGAGGCCAGCGCCGCCACCCCGCGCGCCGCCUGGGCCGCGGUAUUAGACGCGGUCGCAGCGCUUCGGGAUGGACGCGGAGAAGAAGGCGUCCUUAAGUUAUGGCCGAAUUAUGUGACUGGAGAAGAUCUUUUCGGGCUCACGGAGCCAGCUGUCGUAAGGGUACUCGAAAGCUUGCCUGGCAUCGAGACGCUGACGGACUACCGGUUCAAGUUCGGGCGGUCGGCGCUGCUGGAGGGCGGGCUGGCGGUGAACCCGUCGGGCUGCGCGCGCUGCGAGGCGCGGCCCGUGCGUGCCUGGCGCCGCCCCGCGCGCUCGCUCGUCCCGGCCACGCCCGCGCCCGCCUCCCACGCGUCCCACGCGUCCCACUCGUCCCACUCGUCCCACUCGUCCUAUUCGUCCCACCCGGCCCUCGCGUCCCUCGCGCCCGCGCCCGGCCCGGACCACUCCACUUCCAGCGCGGCCAGCGCCUGCCCCUACACCAAGCAGUUCGUGCACACGAAGAGCAGCCAGUACAAGAAGAUGAAGUCCGAGUGGCGCAACAACGUCUACCUCGCCAGAUCAAAAAUCCAAGGUUUAGGAUUAUACGCAGCGCGUGACAUUGAGAAACAUACCAUGGUAAUCGAAUACAUCGGAGAAAUUAUACGUUCGGAAUUAUCGGAGAUACGGGAAAAGAAAUACGAAGCAAAGAAUCGAGGCAUCUACAUGUUCCGUCUGGACGAGCGGCGCGUGGUGGAUGCGACGCUGAGCGGCGGGCUGGCGCGGUACAUCAACCACUCGUGCCAGCCCAACUGCCAGGCGGAGACCGUCGAGGUCGACCGCAACUUGCGCAUCAUCAUUUUCGCCAAACGGAGAAUCUCGCGCGGCGAGGAGCUGGCUUAUGACUACAAAUUUGAUAUAGAAGACGACGCCCACAAGAUAAUGUGUAUGUGCGGCGCUCCCAACUGCCGCAAAUGGAUGAACUAAUCUAAAAAGUCAACGAGACGAGACAGGAACUAAUUGUAUUGUGUGAUGCAACCCAGUCCAGGUGUAUCGCUAGUGAACAAAAUAUAUUAUAAAUGGGUCGGUUAUAGUGGAGGAAAGGCUAUGAUACCUAGUUUUAUGUACCAAAGUGAUCUUCAAUAUAAUAAGCAAAUUAAUAUUUUAGAUGAACUUAACAGAUUUCACUGCGUUAAGCGGCGUGUGAUUUAUCUAUCAAUAAGACAAUAUCAAAAGUUUUACUGAUGAUUCCCUUAAACUAUUUCUAUUUAGUAAGUAUAAAUAUAAUAGAUGAAACAUUUUUGUAAAUAAUAUUGAAAAUAUAUAAAUCAUUGUUGUUACUCGAUUUUAAUGUUUUAGAUGUGGAUGUUUCCGAGACUACUGUUUAGGUAAUAGUUUUUAAUAAUAUAUUAUCUAUGUUUUUUAGCAUUUGUUUUUCGUUCAAUGUUUCUGAUUUUGUAUAAAAUAUAAUCGUGACUAUUCUAAAUUAUUGUUAUACAAAUUUGUAUUCACACAAUUAUGUGACUAUCAAAAACUAUCAAAAAUCACAACACUGAUGAAAUGUUAGGUUAAGUUACCAAAUAGAUGAGUUUGCAUUUAGUACGCGUAGCACUAGAGAUGUAAACAGUACCUACAUGAUGCCACGUUGUGCCUGAUCCGUUUUGUAUGUGUGUAUUUGUAGCGUAGCUUAGAUCUACGGAACACCACAGCGCGCCUUCGGUCGACGAACGUGAUUGUAUGAUAGUGUAUAGGUAGUUGUUGGUGUGCGAUUCCAUACAAGCAACUGUUCUAUUGUAGUUUGUUAGUAUUGAAAUGAAUUCUACUUGAAAGCUGUGACUAACAUUAAUUAAGUAUUUGACGACAUGGUGGUUCUUGCUGAGUUUAGUUUAGAUAAUAUUUUUUUUAAUAUAUCUCGAAUGACUGUUUUAUUUUAUUUUCUAAUCUUAUUUCAUGAAACUAAAUUAGUAUACACAUUCUUGAGGUAUGGGGGAGGGGGAGUUUCUCAAUCCGAAUAUUCUGUCGUUUUCAUAAAAAUCUACUUGAGGACUACUCUCAUUAUUAUUGUAACUUAAUAUAUUGCAAUGAUAUGU